UGUGUGUGUGUAAAAUUAGCAUGGCAUUUUAGCCUAGAUAGGCAUUUUUUAAGAAGUUUGGGGCUCCUCGGCAGAGUUUGAAGUGCAUGGGGAAUAAAUCUCUUGAGUUUGGCCUCGUGUGAACUUUCGGCCUAGGAAAUUUUUUCGUCUCCUAUUGUGUAAAGAGGGUAAUUAGAUGCAUAAUGAUGUCCUUUUUUCUGCAGCUGGCUGGAGCCCGGGCAUGGAGCCAAGCAACGGAGCUGCCGCUUUAAAGGAGCCCAAGUGGCAGUGCGCAGGGCCGGCUUCGAGUGCAAAAAAUAAAAAAAAACUUCAGACAAGUCCAGAAACAAAUAAACAACACAACAAAACCGAACGAAUCGAAGUGGCCGGAAUGGAGAAAGCGAUGGACUUAAAGCAACCCAUCUUAGGAUGUAAUUGGAGACUAGUCCGAUGUAGCAGAUGGAGAUAAAUAAGUGAAUGAGACGGAGACAGAGAAAGUCCAGAUGGGAGCCCACCUACGAAAGAAGCCCCGCUCAGUUGUGGAUGGGGUCACUCGCUUGACCGUCGUGGUCCAGCUUUGCGUCUUGUUGGCUUUCUUCUUGGCGGAGAUCGUGGCCAGUCGGGCGACGGGGUCCCUGCUGCUGCUCUCCUCCGCUUUCCACACCUUGGGGGGAGCCCUGGGCCUGGCGGUGGCCUUGGCCGACUCCUACGUGUCCUCCGGACGGGGCCUCGUCCAACGGGACUCCUUCGGAGGGGCCCGGGUGCGAGUCCUGGGCACGCUGCUCAGCUCCAUGUUCCAAAGCUCCUUGUGCUUGGCGCUCGUCCCUGAAGCGGUCCUCAGGGUGGUGGCACCACGGCUCACCGAGCACACCGUGGUCCUGAUGGGCGUGGGGGCCAUGGGCAUCCUUGUCCACCUGGUCCGAGCGUGCCUGAACAAGAGGCAUUUCCAAGAUGUGGGUCUGAAGCCCUGUCGCAGAAGGAGGAGACUCGCCCAAGGAGAUGGUUGCACCCAGGAGAUGGAAGACCUGUUGCAGAACGGAUCCUCGGGCAGCGGAAAGUCCUGGGCGGCCGAGCUCGGUCCUGUUGAGUUUGCAAAGAAAGCCGGGCGACUUCUUCUUGACGGGAUGGCGGCCUGCUUGGGUCCGAUGGCUGUCUUCCUCUACUCCGUGACGUACCACUUGCUGCUACAACGGACUCCGUGUGUGGAUCGUUCAGCGUGCCUCAACGACUGUCCUGCGUGUUCAGUUGUGUCGUGUUGGCUCCGUUACCUGGAUCCUGGGCUCGCCGUCGCUGUCGCGAUCACCCUCUUGCUCUUUGCGUGGCCAACUUUACGUAGUUCCUCCUUGGUUCUCCUGCAAGCCGUGCCAGACCGGUUGGACCUCCGUGAGCUGGAGCGGCACUUGCGUGACACCCAAGGCGUGACGGCCCUGAGAGACUUCCACGUCUGGCAGCUGGACGGUCCCGCCGGCUUGGUCGCCACCGCCCACGUGUGCUGCCUCGACGUGACCCGGUGCCGAGCCGUCAUCGACAACGUGCAGCGGGUCUUCGGCGAACACGGGAUCCACGCCACCACGGUGCAGCCGCAUCUCGGCCCUGGCUCGGACGGACAACGCGACGCGACCCAAUUUAAGAAGCGUCUGGACUCUUGUCCUGCGGAAGUCACAGAAUAUGAAACAACCGUGUGAGCACGGCAGGGUGCGAAACAAAGAGAGAAAGGACUGCAUCAAGAUAUAGUAAUUUUUAUUUGUGUUCCCAACCCUAUCUGGGAAAAAAAAAUUUCAGAUCGCAGCUCGGCGGCCUGUUUAUGACCCCAGCCUGGGCUGACGGCCAACAGAAACUCCGUUUGUGAGUGAGAACGCUGCCCUAUUUCAGAGCUCAUUAAAGUUUGGUAGGAAACCAAAGCAAAUACUUGAUCACACAA